GAUCUUAUCGGAAAGGAUAUUGAAAUUAGCUGUGCCCAACUUGUACUUGUGGUUGUUGAUGUUUUUCACUCUUUUUCACACUUGGAUGAAUAUCCUGGCGGAGUUGACCAGGUUCGGAGAUCGCGAGUUUUACUUGGACUGGUGGAAUUCAGUCAAUAUUAGAGAAUAUUGGCAGAAAUGGAAUCUUCCUGUUCACUACUUCAUCCUUCGUCACAUGUACAUCCCUAUGCGAAGGCAACUGGGUCGUAA